AUGCCGAGAGCUGUAGUACCAUGGAGAUCAUCUCCACCUUCCAGCAAAGACUACAUUACUAUUGAUGUGGAGGAGGCUAUUCCUGAACUUCCGCUGUACCACAGGCGUCCUGGUAUCGCCGGAGGGAAUUCUUGCGAUUCCGGUGUGAACGUGGAGAUUGACGAUGGAAGAAUCACAGCAGUCCACCCGAUAGAGAUGUUACAGUCUCUCAACGAAACCCGCGUCGAUUUUACCAUCCUGGCAUCGUCUACCCCACCCAUUGCCUCAGUUCCGCAGAUACUGGCACCACUCACUGAAAUGGCGUCACAGUUGAUUGGUGUAACUGAUUGA